AUGGAAAACGAUUCGUGUUACAUUGUCGACUGUUCCAAUGAGAAUAGCUCACUUUUUGCUGAAUUACGAGACGAAUUAAUCAAGAAUGGGUAUGUGAAAGUGAAAUGUGAAAAUCUGCCGGACGGUGACUGCGACAAGGCUUGUCUGAAUACAAUUGCGGCCGUGGGUGGUGUAUGUUGUCCAUAUGACGAUGAUUCCGAGUCAUUCAUCUGGCCCGUGAAAGUACUCGAACUCGAUUCGCCUGAAUCGCAUUUGCAAGCUUCGCAACUUGACCGAGAACUAGUCCUUCACACAGACUGUUCUUAUGAGCACGAUGCACCCCAUUUCGUUGCUCUCUAUGUCGUUCAAUGUGAUCGCAGCGAACGUGGCGGCAAAUUUCAGAUGGUACGCACACAAGAAAUUAUCGAUAAAUUAUCGCCGGAAACUAAACGUCUGUUACGUGAUGAAACAUACAAGAUUAAUGUUCCACCAGAUUUUCGUAAAGGCAACACCGAAUAUAUACGUGGUUCGAUUUUAUUGAACGGCGAGAAACACAUUCGAUAUCGCCGUGAUAUUAUCGAUAAAAGUCGUUUGAAAGAAGAAUCAGCAGAGAAACAAGCAGCAAUAGCUGAACUCAACUCAAUUAUUCUCUCUGAAAACCAGCUGCACGUGUUUCAGCCCAAGUUAGAAAAUAACAUGAUGGUUCUCUUCGAUAAUCGUCGUUUUCUACAUGGCCGAACGAAAAUUCAAGAUCUUGAACGAUAUCUGCUGCGUGUUCGUUUUAAUUUAAGUUAA